AAGCACAGAUGGACAGGAAAGGAAACCGAGAGAUGAGCCCCUGGUAGCGCGAGAAUCAUCUUCUAAAAUAGAAACAGAAGCCGCUACUUCUGCUCCAGAAACGGAAAACUACAGUUUUGCACAGUGCUAUGCUGAUUUCGCGUUUUAUAUCGCAGAAAAUUGAGGGAUGGUUGUGAGUGAGUAAGGAGGGCGGAUCUUUGCAGAGAAUGCUUGCAAAAGCCAAGGCGUGCUCUGUCCCAAGAGAACUCAUUUGAAGAGCUUGCUGAGAGAGAGAGAGAGAGAGAGACCGGAAUGCCGGGCAACAUCGCUCCUCCGGUUCACCUGCGAGGCUGAGUUUUCCUGAGCACCCUCUGUCUGUGAGUGUGUGUCUGAGUGUGUGUGUGUCUUCGUGUGUGUGUUAUGGCCUCUGGGACGGACGACCCAUACCGUAAGAUGCUAAUGCUAGGGGCCAUUGCUGCGGCGUCAGCCUUCGUGGUCACAAUCUUCAUCGUGGUGGUCUGUGUGGGCUGCCAGAGGAAAAACAAGACCAAACAUCCUGUGUCCAAUGGAGAGAAGGGUACCUCAGUAGAAAUGGGUGCUCUCCGUCAGCCCAAGAACAGUUCCAUGAGUAAAUCUGACACCAGGCUGCAUGAGAUCAACCGCCUGCCUUGUAACGGCAACAGUGGGGGUAAGAAUCGUCCAGCCAGUAUGGACCUGCUCCUCCUCCAUAGCCGUCGCUCCACGUCUGACCUCCGCCCACCCCUGGUCCGCCAGCUUCCCCAGAUCCCCAACAGACCAGUGGGGAAGGGAGACCCCGAGGGGGGAGACAUUCGAGGGGGAGGAGGAGACGGGGUCAGAGACCACACCUACACUGAGGUGGGAAUCCGGAACUCACCCGUCCGUUGCCUUGAUGAUGGGCUGUAUGAGGUUGUAGGGGUUCGAGAGGCAGACACGGUGCCCCCCGCUCCCCCUCCCACGUCGGCCAACACCCCGGCAACACUAAGGGCUUCACAGAGCCCCAAUGGGACCCGCACCAACGUGGUCCGAAACGGGAAUGGGAAUGGGAAUGGGAAGGGCAGAGGGAACGGCAGAGGGGCUGUUAAUGGCUGUAGCACUCUUGGUAGAGGAGGAGGGAAGGGGCCCAAUGGUGCUAACGGUGUUAACGGAUCUAGCGGCUCGCUCUUGUCCUCCCUUCCCUCCCUGGCCAUUCAGGACCCAGUAACGGCAGAGUACGCCUCCAUCCGGAAGGUCAAGAAGGUGAACAAGGCAUCGAAGAACGAGAUAGGGAACACAGAGUCAGAUGACCAAUCAAGUGUCCAAUCAAGUGUGGGAGAGUCACCCUCUGCCCCGCCCCCUCUGCUGCCCCGCAGCCAGGAGGUUCCACGGAAACAGCUGGAGCCAUUCCACCUGCACGUCUUCCCGAAGGAGACGGUAUUCAUGGGGAAUGGGGAACAGUACAUCUGGAAGCCCCCAGAGGAUGAUGACAUCAUCACCCUGCACCGAGCACCUGCACCCCCGGGGGAGAACGGACAGGGAUACACACCUACAGCCAUGGAGAUCACAGACACCUACUCCACUGUGUGUAAACCACAGAAGAAGAAACCUUCCCCAGACCACAGCGCAGCCAAGACCCUCCCCCGCAACCACUGCUCUGGGGGGAAGAAUGGAGGAGGUAGGGGAGGAGAAGCAGGAGGGAAUGAGGGAGGGAACGGGGCAUGGGGUGGCGGUCGGGGGAUCCAGGGUGGCCAGGCCCGAUCCCAUGAGGAGCCCUGCUACGAGCCCGUCGGCGACAGGUCCUGCCCCCCCUGUGUGGUGGCCGAGUCGGACCCGGCGUACGCCACUAUCGACUCCCACCGGAAACGUGAGUGGGCAGGAACCAAUAACGGUGCGCUGGGGGCGAACGCUACACUAAAGCCCAGGAAGAAGCUUCCUCAGCAGGGAGCAUCGUCUCCAGAGGCCCCAUGCCCCCAGGGACCUCCAGCAUGCCCCCCGGCCCCUCCAUCUAGGGCCUUGCCUGGGGGGGAGAACUUCUAUGAGACCAUCAGCGAUGUGAAACAGGGGGCCAACAGUGCCAGCACCACCACCAUCUUCACCUUCAACGAUGGGAUGGAGAUGUAUGUCACUGGCCUGUAGCUGAGAGACACUGGCUCACACACACACACACACACACACACACACACACACACACACACACACACACACACACACACUGGGCUGGGUUCUGACCUGUUUGGGUUCUUCUGAUCCUGUCUACACCUUCUUUACGCUAUGAAAGUGACUGGAAGCAAUGUACAUAGAGCCCCACAGUGGAGGUGUCAUAAUACCCAUAAAACCUAGCGUUCAAACAGGGAAAUGGUUCCAAUCGUUUUUCUCCCAUAAAGUUUUCCCAUAGGAGAUGUUAGAAACACUUAAAAUAAGGGCUUUGUUUCAUGUAGGCUUACCCUGGCGUGACAUGUAAAUGUUCAUCUCGUACAAGGGAAUUUUACCAAUAUAUUAGUCUCUAUUUACUCUCAGAUUCUAAAAUGCCAAUUAGCAUCAAAAAACAACAAAUCCAUGCAAUCUCCUGCACCAAGCCAAAUUUGUGUCAUCUCUAGCUGACACCUUUGCUAACAGGUAUUGAGUCCAUUUAAAAAUUGCACCAGACGAUUCACCAAUGCAUGUGUAGUUCUUUAUGAUAGCCAAAUUAGCAACUAAUUACAAUUUCAUUUUUGGGGAAGAAAUACAGUUAAAUAUAUGGAUAGAAUUCACCUUGUUUAUAGAGAUUUACAUGCUUAUCAAAACUUACACGAAACACAGCCCUUAUUUGAAGUAUUUCUAAAAACUCAGAUGGGGAAAUGUAUGGUAGAAAAACAAUUUGAACCAUUCCCCUGUUUGACCUCUAGGUGUUAUGGGUAUUAUGACUCGUACUGUGAUACUCCAUAGCAGGGUUUCCCUAACUCGUUUCUGGGGCCCCCCUGGGUACACGUUUUGAUUCAAAUAACCAACUCAUCAUCAAGCUUUUAUUAUAUGAAUCAGCUGUGUAGUGCUAGGGGAAAAACCACACCCAGGGGGGCCCCAGGACCAACUUUGGGAAAACCUGCUGAAAUCAAGCAGCAAAUGUUAUGCAUUCUAACACCAGGUUUAAACAGUAUCUCAACCCAGGGUCACCCAACCACUGGUGGGCAUGGUACUGACUGGGGAAGCCCAUAUAGGGGUUCGAGGCUAGUUGAACCUUGGAUAGGAGCCCAGGUUCAAGCUCAAGUUGUUUAUCAGACACUCUUGUACACAGUAGAGCAACUUACAGCAGUGAAUGAAUACAUUUUCUUUCUGGUCCCCCAUGGGAAUUGAACCCACAACCAUGGCAUUGCAAACACCAUGCUCUUCCAAAUGAGCCACACAGGACAACCUGAGGGAUUCCCCCUCAUUUACACCACUGGACUCAAAGGAACCCAAUCUACCCUACGUCUCUGAGCUUUACCGCAGAGCCAGUCUGGCUAACUCAGUCUGGACUGCACCCUCUCAGCCAGACUCAAACAGGUCCCGACCAGACCAGACUGAGCAUCAUGUUAUGAACUGUGUCACUGUUCACCUUACCUUACCAUUUGUGUCACAUUUUACAUAUAGAUUUAUUUUUGUAUAAAUAUGGUACCGUUAAUAAAGCAUGGCUUGUGUACAGAGCGACACACAAUCCCCCCAAAUAACAUGAUAACACACAAUAACAGACACACGUGCACACACACACACCGUAUGCAAACAUUGUUGUGUAUGAAAACACACAUUCUCACAAAGAUGACAGAGAGAAGAAGUGUGUAGACUCCAGGAUGGCUUCACUUCUAAGUUCCAACCCCCUGAUGACAUUACCGAUGACGUCACUGGUGGUAAAAAGGGUUUGACUAUAUUACUGAUUUUAACAAGUUUAAAUCCAAGCCUCAGAGACUCAUGGAAGGAUUAAACACAAACACAUACAGACACACAAGCACACACACAUACACAUACCUUGUGCUGGGAAUUAUGUAAUAGAAGCAGAUGGGAGUCUGUGAUUAGCUCUCCUUAAGCAAACAUAUCAAACAGGUCCUCUCUCUGUUGCCGGGCAGGGCAGAUAUGGUUUGACUUUGAGAAAAAAAUCUGACAUGUAGCCUAGGUCUAUACGGUACGUGGACGUUAACAUGCUCUGACCUGGAGGAGGCGAGCUUGGCUCCAACCCACCACUCUCCUGUACACUCUUUACUCCUUGGUAUUCAAGGUAGAAGUUGCCCCUAACCACAGAUACACACACUGAAGAUGUCUUGUAACUGGAAGGGUCAUUGGAUGAAAGUGUCAUACAGCAAUCACUCACUAUACAUCUGAAGUACAUGUAUCAGAGUUAUAUGCUGGGACAUUUUGACCAACUUUCUUGUAGCGUUGUAUUGAGCUCAGCCAGUUGAUAGGGCAGGGUAAAAUGGCCUUGUUCUUGUUGUCAGUGGUGACACAGUUCAAGUGAAGCAGUGGUCCGCCUCAGGCUGCCUCACACUGUUAAUUCCAUCUAGAACCACUGAGCUUUAACCACAGUGACUGACCACAGAGCAACAACUGACACACUUAUAGGGACAGUUUGACCCGACAACUAAGACUUCCCUUUUCACAUCUCAAAAGUGGUCUAAUGUCGAGUGAAAUCCAAAUAACACACGUUCUGUGGUGUAGAGCCUUAUUCUCAAAUGAAUGGGGGUGAUUGGCACCGUCUAAGUAGAAUUUUGGGGUGAGCUGUCAUAAAGAGUACUGAUUUGGCUAUACUUUAGUCAGAUUUAAUUUAUUGUAAGUUGUUAUUCACGUUCUUUGUUUUCAAAACUCCUGGAGCUUAAAAUAAUGUUAUUUGCAUGGCAAAACACACACACACACACACACACACACACACACACACACACACACACACACACACACACACACACACACACACACACACACAUACAGACAUACACAAUCUUGGCAGAGAUACACAGGGCAAAGCCAACGGGUCAGGGACACGGCGUGGGCUGGAUAGAUCUUUCUCUGAAGGAGAAAGGCAACCGAUUUCCCAAUCUCUGCCCAGGAGCUAUGGGGCGUUGCUAACAUUUUCUUUUAUGGCCAAGGUAAUGGAGUCUUGGAGAGUUGUAGGGCUAUUGGCGGUUUUGUGUAGUUACUGCAGUGUAGCAGGGCCCUGAUUCGCUUCACAGGCUGAAGUCAAUGCCAGGACUCUACUGCUGCACUCUGGGCCGCAGUCUGUCUGUCGGUUGGAACAGCCAUUGAGGGGUUGGAAUCCAAAGAAAAUAAAGUGUUGGGCAUAAAAUGACCAGUGAGCGUCUUUUGAAGCCCCCCCCCCCCCCAGCCUGUGCUGAAAGUUCUGUUCUAUUGUAAACAAGCUCUUUCCCAUGUAGCUCUUGGGGGAAAUGUGAUGUAUGAACUGAAGAAGAAAAACAGUGACAUUAGGGUUUAAUAAAGGGGUGUUUUCAAGUCAAAAGGUAAAGAGGGACACAAACUGCUCAGGGACAGAGAGGUAUAUGAGGGAUGAAUAACAGCAGUAUGUGUUAGGCCAUCUAACGUUAGGAGAGCGUGUGGAAAAUGUAGUUCUAUAAGAUGUAUAGGUGUGUAUAGGUUUACUAUGAAAUACAUCUUAUGAAAUGCAUUCUGUAUUUUCUUAAUGCACUGUUUAUGUAAUAAAAAAAUGUUUACCUAUUGUGUUUAAAUAGCUUAUGCCACUGCCAUGGAGACGCUACUUGUACUGUGUUUAAUGCUGUUGGUGCAAUUUUCCUGCUUGAAACAUAAUGCAUGUCUUUGACCAAAUGAAAAAACAAAAUAUUGUAGUACUUUAUUUCUUUCCUACUGUUUGUUUUCUGUUUUCCUGUACUGUCAUGGGAGAAAAAAAAAAUAACAUUCCAUUUGGGGCUGAGAGAGAGAGAGAGAGAGAGAGAGAGAGAGAGAGAGAGAGAGAGAGAGAGAGAGAGAGAGAGAGAGAGA